AUGAUGUCUACGGAAAAUGGGCAACUAUCGGUCCCUCCAGGGUUCCGAUUCCACCCGACAGAUGAGGAGUUGCUCUACUAUUAUCUGCGCAAAAAAAUUUCAUAUGAGGCUAUUGACCUUGAUGUAAUUAGAGAAGUGGAUCUCAACAAACUUGAACCAUGGGAUCUAAAAGAUAAGUGUAGAAUCGGGUCGGGUCCUCAGAAUGAAUGGUACUUCUUCAGCCACAAGGAUAAAAAGUAUCCUACUGGAACCCGGACAAACAGGGCCACAACUGCUGGAUUUUGGAAAGCAACAGGAAGAGACAAAGCCAUCCAUCUUCUUAGCAAUUCCAAGAGAAUUGGGAUGCGAAAGACGCUAGUAUUUUACACUGGACGCGCCCCUCAUGGUCAGAAAACCGACUGGAUCAUGCAUGAAUAUCGCCUAGAUGAUCAGUUUUCCAAUGCUACUGCGCCAUCAGAGGUCCAGGAAGAUGGUUGGGUUGUUUGUCGCGUGUUUAAGAAAAAGAACCAUACCAGAUUAAGCCCAUUUCAAGCUGACGAUCAACGAGAUCAUACUCUCAAUACCGAAGAUGAUCACCAUCAAGAUAUGAACAAGUCAUUUGAGCCUCAAACUAUGCAUGGCUACGACUGUAACAUUACAAGUGGCACGACGCUAUUUGACGGUUCAAUGCAUCUUCCUCAGCUUUUGGCUUCUCCUCAAGAUCACACGCCUUAUUUUAUUGCACCACGUGGUCACUUAGUCCAUAACAACAAUAACGAGACUAGUACCAUGAUGAUCAACGAUAUGGAUUGUUCAAGAAACUUGUUGAGUUUAAUGUCAGCCAAUCGGGCCGGUUGUGGUUGUAGUAGUGUACUUCAGUCACAAGACAAACCACUAUUAGCUACUAGUAACAUGACCGCCGAUUGGUCUUUCUUGGACAAGCUUCUAGCUUCCAACCAACAUCAUCCUGGCCCGACCCUUAAUCAUCACAGCACGUGUAAUGGGUCUUCGUCUUCUCAACCCUUUCAUCAUCCUGAAGUUAGCCCAUCAUCUCAAAUAUUUCCUUUUCAUUACCUUGGUUAUGAAAAUGAUAUUUUAAAGUUCUCCAAGUAGAGGAGACUAGUAGCUCUAGUUUACAUGGAUAUCAAUGUAAUA